AUGGAAGAGGAAAGUUCAGAUUCACUAUCGCUCUCGGUUGUACCAUAUCAACCUAGAGAAAUGCCAAUUCAUUCCGACCUAAAUAUCGCUCCUCCAAACUGGCUUAGACCAGUUGGACCAAAAAUAAAAACUCCAAAGAUCCGGAAGAAAACCGACAAGAAGAAGAAAAUGACGUCAAUGCUCGUCGCAAAUCACUAUUUCGAAGAUCAUAUUCCGACGGAACUUCACGAUCUCAGCGGAAUUGACGCAGUCGCUGCGGCAGAUACGAUCAAACAACUAGUCAAACUUGGAAAAUCAUCCGAACAUGUCUCCUUGCUCAUUCAUCGAAUUGGUGAUUCGCUCUUCAUGGACGAUUUUGACUUGGAAAAGCUCUUCCGCGACACUUCUUCACAAACUCAUCAUUGGUUCAAAUCUUAUCUUUCCGAAAUUCUGGCAAAAGAUGGCAAUUUCAAUCAGCUAGAAAACGAGCUAAUCUCUGCUCUUACCAAGCAUUUGCGCUCGACUUCGAUCAAAGCGCUAGAAUCGAAGUUUCUGUAUCAUUCGUUGAUGCCAGCUCAAGAUGGCCAGGAAGCGCGCCGACAAGAACCGUGUGCCCACGAGGGCUGCUUUUUGCAAAAUAAUGUCUGGAAAUUCCACGACUUGGGCUUUCUCGUCGGAUCAGAUAUUCCAAUCUUUGGCAAUAAAAAUCAUCCUGCAGUUACGUUGCGAUUAACUGACUCGCAAGAGAUUAAUGUCCUCACAGGAAUAGAUUAUUGGCUCGAGAAUCUUAUGUUUUCCGUGCCCGAGGUGGUCAUGUGCUUCCAUAUCAACGGAAUCGUCGAGAAGUAUGAAAAUAUUUCAACGGAUGAUAUUCCAAAGCUUGCUGGUUUUGACCCAGAAAUGGUGAAAACGACCGCGAAAAGCAUCCUUUCUUUCCUGAAGUCCAAAUGUACCGAGCCAGGACACACCUACUGGCUGUUCAAGGAGAAAAACGAUGAUGUAGUGAAGCUGUAUGAUCUCAGCAGCUUGUGUGACACGAAAAAGGACGAAAAGAAGAAGUCGCAAAAACCGACAAAUCCUUACGUCACCCCGGUUGCGAAUCUCCUCCUGAAGCUUGUUACCAACUUAGAAAACGAAACAGAAACGAUCCCAGUUACCGAUAAAAAGCUAAGAGACGAGAACGACGAAAACGUAACAAAACUCCUGCACCAGGCGCUACAGAUUUCUGACGAUUUGCCAGAAGUACGCGAAAAAGUGCUGAGAAAGCUCGCUUUUCGAAUGUCUCGGAAGAAAUCUGAACCAGCGAGUAGUAAAAAACCGACCAAAACCAGAAAACCAUCCCAGAAUCUUGAAAAGACCAAAGGAGCAACUUGCGUUAUGAAAACCUCAGAAAUUGUCAACCAAUAUGUCCAUAAUUCGCAGUCAUUUGAGGCGAGCAAAGGCAAAAAUGACAUGGAAGAGGAAUUGAAAUGGAUUUCUGCCGCUUGUCAGCUGCUCGAGAGAGAUGACGAUCCUACUGAUGUCUAUCUUGCAUUUUCUAGCGCCCUGGCGACUUUUGCUGAGAGGGAGCAAGUGGGAACAAAGCCGAAGGACGAGGAACUUGCAUUGAUUCUUUUAGCCAUUCGGUGCAUUCUAUAUUCCGAACCUCGUGAUUCCAGCCAGCAAAGGACGAGAGAUGCGAAUUUAACGAUAUUGACGGAAAGGGCAGCUGAUUUACAGAUACCCGUUCUAGAGAAAAUUAACUUAGGAGAGCUCAGGAAGAAACUCCUGCAAAAAUAUCCGUCAGUAAACUGUCUCCUAUCAACCUUCGAAAAUACAAUAAACAAGCGUCAAGAAUCCGAGCUGGGCAAAUUCAUCGCCCGUGACUACAAAGACGUCAUCCAACUGUACGAUCUAAUCAAGCACCAUCAUCAGAACAAGGGAACUAUCCACCGCAAGAUCGCUUACGUCUACAAUGAGAUUGGGAAGAAGAUGAUCGAUAGUCUCAUAAUUGCGUCGAUUGAAUCGAACGACAGGAAAAAGCCAGAUGAUUUUUCGUCAGAUGAAUUUAGAUCUGCCGGGCUUAGCGCUUUUGAGACUGCUUGCUCUAUUUUUGAUCGAUGGAAUGAUCCGAGUAAUUUUGCCCUGUGCCACGCAAACAUGGGAAGACUGUAUCUUGUCCUCAGCUCAGUUAACAAACCCGACGGUGAACUGGAGGAAGCAGAGGAACAAGAUCUCCUUCUCUCGAUAAAGCACUAUCGAAAAGCUGUCGAUACAGUAAAAGAGCAGAAAAUGCAGGAGAACUUCACCUGGGAUUUGAUUAACGCGCAGUUGAAGCUGGCUACGAUGCUGCAAGAAUGCCCGCCAGUUUCUCGUUGCACGAUCCGCGAGUUAGAGCGAAAGCUAAUCGACAUUCUGGACCAGGCAGAAAAGUACGCUACAAAUCUGCUUCGGACAACUUCCCAGCCGCACCACGGCCAUUUAAGACUUGCGGAGAUUAAUUAUAGAAUUGGAGCGAUGCAUCAUGGUCACAUUGUCAAAACCGGCCUCCAGAAGAAGCAACUUUCGCAUUCAAUCCGACUUUCGGAAAAGUAUUAUCUCGCUGCGGAGAAACACUUUCAAUGUGUCAAUUGGAAAGAUCAAAAUCAAGGGUGGUGUGUUCUUCAUUUGCGAUCGACGAUUGAGCGCGUUGCUCUUAUUAAAAACCACCGAAAUGACAAGAACCGUCUUCUGGACGCCCUUGCGGCAAUGUUACAGGCACGCACUUCUACAGACCGUCUCCAGCAAAUUGACUCGAGUUAUUCCGACGAUGUCAUAAAAACAGUCCUCAAACUCAUUCAAAUGGUUCUGAUGGAGCUUUCCAAGAAUAUUUCUUCCUUCCCAAAUACUUAUAAAACAAUGAAAAUUUUGGACGUGAAAAAUUUGAUUCUUCGAUGUAUGAAAAUGGACAAAAACAUUCAUACGAUAAAUGUUAUCAUAAUGUCUGAACAAUCUGAUUCGGAAGAAGGAAUGAGCUCCAUCAACUGGUGGCUAGACUUUUUUGCUGAUGCGGGAAUUCCACCAACAUCUGCUGCCGAGUAUGCCGUUUCCUUCGCCGAGCAGAGAAUCCCACAGGAAUAUGAAAUAAUUCUUGAGCUUGGCACAGACGAGUGGCGAGAACUCGGCGUUACUGUUCUUGGCGACAGACUUGCCAUGAAAAAUUUGGCGAAAUCAGGAGGAAAAACGAAAAUGGCGCCGAAAAAAGUCUCAAAGAAAAUGAAAAAAGCUGUCAGAGAACCGGAAAAGCAGAGCUCAGAAGAAUUCUUGAGCUCCUUCAUCUCUCAAGAAAAGAAAAAGGCGAAGCCGCUGGGAAGGAAAUCCUCUGGAGACGAAGUUGACUUUUAUCAGGAGGAAAUAUCUGAGCCUAGCGCUGUAACUUUCACAGAAGAGAUGGAAGAUGAGCCAACAGUUCAGUUCAAAGUAACUCUCGACAAACAAUUUGGCAGUAGUAGGAAAAGACAGUCAGAUCCCAUGAAAAUGUCUUCUGAGCCGAAAAUCACGCGUACGAUAGGGUCACAUCCAGUAGUACAGGAAGAUACUGUCUCUUCAACCUCAAAAGUCAACGUCACGUUCAAUGGAUUAACUGGAUUCGGCAAGCAACCUAAACAACCAAAGAUUUCCUGCUCGUCAUUUCAACCGAGCCCAGAGAAGAAAAAGAGUAAACCUGAAACUGUCCGAUCUCGAUUGGGAAAGAAAAACGUAAAAAAUCGACUUGGCCUGUAG